UCUUAUCCUUGUCGCAUUCUUAUUGCUCUCUCUCGGUAAUUAAUUAUUAAUUUAAUAUUAUAAAAAAACGAUAGAGAAAAAAACAGUAAUUGUUGAAAGAGAAGAAGCAUCAUCAUCAUCUUCUUCAGAACCCCCAAUUUCUUCCUCUCACCCACCCAUUCCAAUCGAGAAAUCCUCUUUCUUCUCUGGUGGGAUAUCUUGGUUUUGAUGCAAGGUCAAAGGAGGACUAUUGGGUCCUUCCCGGCAAUUGUUAGCAAGAUGCCAGGUCCUAGUUCUAACGGCACUGAUAUGAAUCAUCAGUCUUCCUUGAAUCAUGUGCAGAAUUCAGUAGAUUUUCGACUGUCAGAUUAUAGGGGGUCUUCUGGUGAGACUGCAUGUUUACUUGGCAGUGGUCCUAAUGUGGCCUUUAAUGGCUGGAAUACCGGUGAACACAGUUCUGGACUGAAUCUGAUCAACCAAGUCAAUGAUGAUGCUCUAAUAUCAGAACAUAGAUUGUCUUCUUCAUGUAGUGCUAUUGCCGAGGAUGGUCAGAGACCUGAAGAAAGGCAAUUACUUGGGAACCAAUCCAGAAUUCAUCCUUCCUUUUUGCAAGGUUCCAGCUCUAAUCAUACAGCUCAGAAUAUUAAUCUUGGUAUGGGGCACAUUGGCAACUCUUCUGACCGUGGGAAAGGAAAAGAAACUGGUAGUGGUGGGAAUAGCAACAAUCCAGGUGGAUUAGAUAGAGAGAAGAUAAUACUUGGCAGCUCGUCAUUCAAUCACACAGGAGCUUCGUCUACAAGCUCUGGAUACAUGGCAUGGGGAGAUAGCAGUAGUUCAAGUUCUUCUUUAGCUAAUUGGGGUCCUUCCUGCAAGAGAAAGACCCUUGAAGGUAGUUCUAUGCAACUAUGUACCGGGGGAAAUUCGAGUUCUCUUGUACAAACUGAAAAUGGUUACUGGCCUGCUGAUUCUGUUGAUCUUAAUGUUCCUGGAAGCUUAGGUGAUCUGUCACCUUUAGACGAUUUUCGUGUUACUAGCCCUCCAUUUCAGCAGAAUACAAGAAAUGAAGCUUCUAAUAUGUUCCCUUCAGUGAUAGGUGUAGCGGAAAAUGUGGAAAGGCCUCUAAGAAACUUUGAUAGGAGAAUAACCCAUUUACAGCAUCCGGAAUCUGUACCUCUCAAUUUAACAUCAACAGGGAGUGCUAGACAUCAGAAUUAUCCUUCUCCACAUCAAACACCUGGCUCUCUCUCAUUUAGCGAGUCCUUGGAUUUGAGGUUAACAGCUGGAGUAACAGCUGCUAAUUCUGUUGUGCCACAAACCCAGUCACCUUCCCUACACAUGCAUCCUUUUCCGUGGAAUAGAGGUGCUAAUCCUAGAGUGGCCAGAUCAUCAAGUUCUUAUAACUCGGGAGAAAGAGCAGUACGCGAAGAUUUUAACUUAAGAAUCUUCCCAAGAGAUGGUACUGAGCAUCCCAUGAAUUUGCCUGCAUCUUCAGGACAUGAACCUGCAGGUUGGUAUACAUCUUCUAAUAAUGUGAACAACGCUGGAGGUAUACCUCCUCCAUCCUGGAUUGGAUCUAGUUCAAAUGUCCACUCGUUACCUAAUCCUAGCUGGACUUUUAACCAUGAAGUCCCAACAGAAAAUCUACAGAGAGUUUCAGAGUUCAGUCCUUGGUCCCUUUUUCCAUCAAUCAGCUCAGCAUCCGGGGCUCAUAAUGGCCAUUCCCCCUCUACUUCCGGCCCUCUUUCUUUUUCUCAGGGUUCUAGCAGCAGUCAACCACAUCCAAGAACAUCAUAUUUGAUGGAAAGAAGGGGGGAUGUACUCCCUGCUCCUCAUUCACUGCGAACAUUACCCGCUGACAAUGAGGGAAGACGCCGGCUCAUAUCUGAGAUUCGCCAAGUCUUGAUUGCAAUGCGGAGGGGUGAGAGCUUACGAGCUGAGGAUUAUAUGCUCUUUGACCCUUUCCUAUAUCAUGGCAUGGCUGAAAUGCACGACAGACACAGAGAAAUGCGUCUUGAUGUUGAUAACAUGUCAUAUGAGGAAUUAUUGGCACUGGGGGAGCGUAUAGGAGACGUAAGCACUGGACUGAACGAAGAUAUAAUUCAUAAGUUGAUGAAGCAGCGAUUUUACACAUCUCUGAUGACUGAGUCUUCUUCUGAUCUCGAACCUUGCUGUAUCUGUCAGGAGGAAUAUACUGAUGGACAGAAAAUUGGUUCGCUGGAUUGUGGGCAUGAGUUCCACACUAACUGCAUCAAGCAGUGGCUAAUGCAGAAGAAUAUGUGUCCAAUUUGCAAAACAACAGCCUUGGCCACGUGACCAGGAGAUUCCAUCCCUCCAUACAUAUAAUAUCCAUUUAUCAGUUUGAUAUUGUUGUUGGCUCCAUCUAUUACUUUUUUUGUUUCAUGAACUUCCUCUCAUCUGUCAAGAUCGAGAAAAAAAACGCAAAAAAAAAAAACAUAAAAAUGGAACAUUGGUGGUUAAGGUCUAUAUAGUAGAAUUACAUUUAUACUGUGAUAACGGACAAUUACAUGUCCUUUAUGAUGGCUAAAAACACUUGAAUUUUAUUAAUUUUCAUUAUGAAUUUAAGACUGUUGUGAUCGCGGAAGUGCUGAGUAUACUGCAUAAUUGCUUGUUAA